UCCCUUUCUCUCUUUAAGUCUUUCCUCUCUUUGCAAAGCCAAAGCCAACCUAGCCCUCUCUUGUUGAUUUGAUUCUCGAUCCACUAUUAUCUUCAAAACUUUACAAAAGAGAGAAUUAAAGAUCAUCAAGAACCAUGGUUUUUUCCUCCAUCCCACCAGCUUAUCUUGAUCCAGCCAACUGGCAACAGCAACCAAAUCAUCAAAGUGGGAGUGGAGGUGCUAACUCUCAGCUCCCACCACCACAACAGCAGCAGCCGCCUCUGCAGCCUCAUGGCGGUGGUGGAAGUGCAGGCUCGAUCAGGCCUGGCUCGAUGGCAGAUCGAGCCCGGAUGGCCAAUAUUCCGAUGCCAGAGGCUGCACUAAAAUGCCCUAGAUGCGAAUCCACCAACACAAAGUUUUGCUAUUUCAACAACUACAGUCUCACGCAGCCGCGUCACUUUUGCAAGACCUGCAGGAGGUACUGGACUAGAGGGGGUGCACUGAGGAACGUCCCCGUGGGAGGCGGCUGCCGUAGGAACAAAAGAUCAAGCAAAGGGAGCAGCUCCAAAUCUCCGGUCAGCGGUGAUUGCACGGCUUCUCCAUCAACCAGUACAGUUUCUUGUUCUAGUGGUGGAAUGGGAAUGGCAAGUACUUUAUUAGGCAUUUCACCGCAAAUUCCACCACUCCGCUUCAUGGCUCCGUUGCAUCAGCUCAAUGAUCACUAUGGUGCAGGUGACAUUAGCUUAAACUAUGGUGGAAUUUCAGCUCCGGUAACAAGUGACAUGAAUUUUCAGAUAGGAAGUGGUAGUUCACUUGGGGUUGGCAUUGGUUCCUUUUUGCCAGCGGGAAGUAAUAUUGAGCCGUGGAGGUUUCAGCAGAUGCAGAUCCCUUUGUUUGGUGGCUUUGAAGGGCAGUCUGCAGGAGUGUACCCAUUUCAAAGUGGUGUUGAGCCUUCAGGGUUUGGUGGUGAGCAAGCGAGUCAGGGCGGAGCGAAAAUGGGUGCUUCGGGGCUUACUUCCCAAAUGGCUUCAGUGAAAAUGGAAGAGAAUCGAGGGUUGGGUUUGUCAAGGCAGUUCUUGGGAAUGCCAGGAAAUGAUCAUCAGUAUUGGAGUGGUGGUAAUACUGCUUGGACAGAUCUUUCUGGAUUUAGCUCUUCUUCCACUAGUAAUCCCUUGUAAUCAAUCUCUGGUAAUCUCCAAAGUUCCAUAUCGAAGCUUAGUUUUUGCAAGUGAAGCUUCCAAGUAGUAUAAGCCUCCACAGUAUGGGUGUUCUUAACCAAGUUUGGGCAAAAUGGGGAAUUUUUGGAUGGGAUGAUAUAUGUGUUUGUCUCUCUAAAACCCUCCUGGAUCGAGCUGAAGAAAUUAAUGGAAGGGUUCUUGGUUUCUUUCAUUUUUUUUUUUUUUUUUUUUUUUUUUUUUUUUUUUUUUUUACAUUUCGGUUUUGGUUUAAUUUUCUUUUGUAAUGUCUGCGGGUGUAUGCAGUAAUGAAUGUACGCGUUGUUGUAUUUUUAUAUUGCACACGAGGUUUCAUCUUGCAUUGUGUUGAAUUAUUUGUAUUGAAUUCUAUAGACUAUAUAUGUACGUGCUGAUAACUCUCA